GAUCGUCUAGUGUCUUCUGUCUCCUCCGCUACAAAUUCUUUCCUGUAGUAUCUGUUGUCUGUCCCUUUAGCAAAAAUGGGCGAAGAUGAGGUGCUGUCGGUUACUCGUAGAACAACCAGGUCAUCUUCUGCUACAGCAAUUUCAACCAAGAAUGAUGUUGAAAGGACAAAAUCAACCCACAUAUGCUCUCCUUCACUCAAUGAUCUUUUGUAUGGAGGAGAACCCAUUGAUUUGGAUGUCCUGUUGUCUAACUUUCCGGGUAGACAUCCUCAAAUACGUGAGCUUUUGCAGAUUUUGGGUCCUUCGAAUACUCCCAUGCUUCCGAUCUUUGUUUAUGGUGGUCCUUCAACCGGAAAAACCAGCAUAAUCCUGCAGUUAUUUAGAUAUCUGAAUCGACCCUUUGUCUAUUCAAGCUGCCGCACAUGUUACAGUCCUAGAAUACUGUUCGAAUCUGUUCUAAAUCAGCUGUCACAUCAUCAAAAGAAUGCAACAAAUGGAUAUUCAAGUGUAAAGCGAUGCGAAAAGCCAUCUGAUUUUGUGAAUUUUCUUCGUGAGGCCUUGGUUAGUAUGGUGAACCGCCUUAAGGAGAAUGUGGGAAAAUCAAAGUCUAGCAAGAAGCGAGAGCGAUCCAUUGAUGGACACAUGGUCUACUUAAUAUUUGACAAACUAGAGCUUGUUAGGGAUUGGGAUAAAAGUUCUAGCAUAUUGCCACUCUUAUUCAAUCUUGAUAGCAUCCUGAACAUUCCUGAGGUUGGGUUAAUCUUUAUCAGCAGUACUCCUCCUGAUACAUUCUACUCCAGUAUGGGUUACAUAGAGCCUGUUCCUAUUUAUUUUCCUAACUAUAGCGAAGAUGAUCUUCGCCAAAUUCUCUUGAGAAACCAAGCAUAUCCAAAGCUCUAUUCCUCCUUCCUUGAUGCGGUACUGAGGCCUUUCUGCAGAAUCACUAGGAGGUUGGAUGAAUUGUCAGCUGUCUUUUCGUCAUUAUUCUUGGAAUAUUGCAAACCUCUGAAUGACCUGGCAGUUGUUCCCAGUGAGGAUCUAAAAAGAAAGUUGUUCAGUAAUCUUCAGCCUCAUAUAUCUCUUUUUCUGAAUGAGACAUUUAGAGUUCUAAGUCAGUCUUCUUCUGGAGCUGAAAGAACUAAGGGCAGAGAACUGAGAGGCAGCAAGAGGAAAAUAGGAACCCAUGACGAAUCUGAUGAGUUGGAUUUUCACAUGUCUACCUCAGCAAAGUACCUUCUUAUCUCAGCAUUCCUUGCUUCAAGAAACCCAGCAACUCUUGAUGCAUCACUUUUUGACUCCCGUGGUGGUUCCGAUAGCCGAAAAAGACGACGAAAGCCUUCUGAAACGGCGAAGGGGCAAAAGGAAGCUGAAGAAGAGGAAUUACUCACUAAAGGACCUGGAAGUUUCCCAUUAGAGAGGCUAUUAGCAAUAUUUCAGUGUAUUACAUCUGUUGCCGAAGAUUACCUUGGCGAAGAGGUGCAGGUGGAGGAUUCUUUGGAAGUUGAAGGCCAAGACGGCCCACUCAUGUCUGAUGUUCUCUUGCAACUUUCGAGUCUCUGCAAUGCUAAUUUCAUCGUGAAAGGAGGAACCUGCCCUCUUGAGGGCUCCACACGGUAUCGAUCUGUGGUAACAGAGGAUCUUGCUCUGAAGGUGGCAAAAAGCGUGAAGUUCCCUCUGGCAAAGUACGUAUAUAGAAGAUGAUGUCAUGUGGCACAACCUUGUGAUCACUCUUGAGUCACUAAAAUGCAAGAGAAUGUGGAUAUGAAGUCCUGGAAUGUAACAAGUAGUGAAAGUUCCGAUCAACGAUUGAAAAUACUAAGCUCAAUGUGGAGGGAGCCAAAAAAUUUUCCCAUUCCCUCUCGUCAGGCACUCGGAGUGCAUGUGAGGAGGAGAGCGAUUGUUUAUUAUCCAAGUUGUUCAAGCAUCGGAAGUGGUAAUAGCAGUACGCUUGUGUUAGCUUUUCGGCCUUUCUCUGACUAGUACACAUGCAUCGGAUUGUCAGUGAGCGUUGUUUAAUUGUAAUUCUUUUUCUUUAGUAAGUAAUGAACUAAGAAUAGAUCGUAGAGAAUCAGUGAGACUAGGAUCUGUCAUUCUUUUGAAGUUAUGCUAAUUGGACUGCUUACACUCGAGAAGUCUCUCCCAGCAAUUUGGACUUUUCCAUGUUUCUUUGCGCUUACUUGUGUAACUUGUUGCCGCGCUGAAUGUUCAAUCCAUUCAUACCAAUUGA